UUACGUCUCCCAAAAUGUCCCAGUGUCGCCUUACCAAGUCCUUUAUUUUUAGCUGCUAGAUUCAUGUUGCUCCCGGAUGCAGAAGGAGGAGUUCUUUCUCUUGGCUUAUCAGACCUGAGCGGGUCAGAACGGUCCGGCCGGUUCCCCAGCAGUGAGGUUCUCGACAUUAACCCCGACUUAACCACUCUAGAUGGAUCAGACUAAGUAUCGCAGCGCUGGCGCCCAGGAGCAGUUGGAGAUCGUUGGCGUGGAGGAUGAGGCCGGGAACCCGAUCAGCGGACUGACCAUCCUGUCGCUGCUGGAGCGAGUGGCCGGAAUCAUCGACAACGUCCAGAGCUGUCAGCAGCGCAUGGAGGAGCGCCAGCUGGAGCUGGAGAACAACAUCAAAACCAUCCAGGGUGACGUGCUCAAGCUGGCAAAGGACCACGGGGACACGAGUGGCACCGUAGACAAGCUCCUGCAGAAGACACGCAAGGUCAGCGCCAACGUCAAGGAGGUCCGGUCACGUGUGGAGAAGCAGAAUGUCCGAGUCAAGAAGGUGGAGUCGACGCAGGACGAGCUGCUGACCCGCAACAAGUUCAGAGUCGUCAUUUAUCAGGGGGAGACGGAGGUUCCGUCCGUGGCUGUCACCAAGUCUUCCAAAGGCUGUGGUCUGGAUGGUCUGGAGAUUGAGCCCGAUUCCUAUGAGGUCCCGGUGGACCUGUCGUCUGAUGAGGAGUACCUGAGCGUAGAGGAGGCAGACCCAUCACGUGCUGCCCGCCUGAAGAAAUCAAUGGUGAAGAGCACGGAGACCCUGAAGGCGGCCUUCUCCAAAGAGAACAUGAACAAGACCAAAGACAACCUGGGCACCAAGUUCCACUCGCUGGGCGAGAAGGUGAUGCCCCCAGAGAGGAGGGAGAAGAUGCAUCAGGCAGGUGAGCGGCUGAAGCAGUCAGGGGAGCGACUGAAGGAGAACAUCGCCAAGAAAGCCCCGAGCAAGGAGAGCUUCCGCAUCAAGCUGAAGAAGGAGCGAGCCGUGGCCGAGGGCCAGGAGGGUGCCGAGCCCACCGCCCCGGAUCAAGCCGGCAGCGUUAACUACACGGAGGUGGCAGCCGAAACUAAGAGAGAGCAGGCUGUAGAUGAAGUUGGUGCCACUCGGAUAGCAGGAGGAGAGGAAGACUUGAGGAAGUAGACAGAGGACAGGGGAACCAGAGAGAAGCUCCGUGGGGGGUUGUUUGUCCAUGUAUCAGGUGUGUGUGCGCGUGUGCACGUGAGUGUGUGUGCCUGCUUGUGAGAUGAAAUAACAACUAGCUCUUAGUAAAAUAUA